UAUUGAGAUAUUACAAGCAGCUGAUCGCCAGUGUGUCCACACCAGCUGCGCCGGCAGCCAGCGCCAGCAAUAAGAAGAAGAAGAAGCUACUCCAGAAGAAACAAACGGAGUAAAAAAUCAUGUCCAGCGAAGAUAGUGACAGCAGCAGUUCAUCCAGCGACGAAAGACACCGGGAAAGGAAGCACAAGAAGCACAGCAAGGAUGUGGACAAGUCCAAAAAGAAGAAGUCUAAGAAGCACAAGAAGGAGAAGCAUCGUCACAAUGAGAAAAAACGCAGCAAGCGCGAAGAGGAGCAGCCAUUGUUAUAUCCUCAACCUCCUCCCAAUCCCAUUGUCAAUAUUCCAGAAAUAGCUUCCAGUAGCGAAGAUGCCUUUGGACCAGCUCUGCCGCCUCAUUUGAGGAAGGAUGUGAUCCUGGGGCCCUCAAUUGAGAAACAGGAAUCGCCACCCACGGCCAUGAUUGGACCCAUCCUACCAAGCGAUUUUGCUCAGUCCAAACCAUCAGAAACAGAAUCCGCAUUGAAGGCCGAUGAGGCUUCAGAUGAUGACGACCUGGCAGACACCUUUGGCCCUCUGCCGAACGCAAGUAAAGUGGAGCUGGAGGAGCGAGCUCUGGCCCUUAAACUGGCUGCUCUGGAGGGCGGAGGAUUGGGUACCUCUACGGACCAAGAGGUCCGCGAGGAAUGGAUGCUGGAGCUGCCGGAUGUGGGACUAAAGAGCGGCCUCGCUGCCCUGGGCAACAUGAAGCGUACCUUUUAUCAGGGCAAAGAGCGGCCUGAUUUCAGUGAUCGAUCCUCCUGGACCAAGACGCCUCAAAGUGAGGCGGCCGCCGCUGCUGCGGGGCCCAGAGCAUGUAGUUCCAAGGAAAUGGAGCAGAUGGCCCAAGCAAAGUAUGAGCAGCAGAGGGAUGACGAGCAAGAGCGCAUGGCCAAGAAGCAUAAGAAGAAACACAAACGCGAGGAGUCCCUGGUGGAGCUGCACCAGAAGAAGCUAAGGAAGGAACAGAAGGAGAAGGAAAAGGAACUAGCUGCCUCUGGUUCGAAGCCAGAACGAAGACCCUUCAGCAGAGAUGUAGACUUGAAGCUCAACAAGAUCGACAAAAAUCAGACCAAACAGAUUGUGGACAAGGCCAAGAUACUGAACACCAAAUUCUCCCGGGGACAGGCCAAGUAUCUGUGAGAUUAUUGAAGGUUUAUAAAAUUUUAAUUAAAAAUAAUUGAAUAAAAUUUAAAAAGA